GCAUUUGCUUCUAUGGGCUCGCAAAUUUGAGUUUCACAUGAGUGUUAUUAUGUAGCCCUGGCACAUCUGUACCAUUCCAGCCCUGUCCACAUGCUGCGGCGCAUGUUGUUUUCUUUUUUAAGUAGAUUCUCAGGCAUAAAAAUGAAGCAACGCCUUGAUUAUCGAAAUAAAAUAAUCCUAGCACCUAUGGUGCGUGUAGGCACAUUGCCUAUGCGUCUGCUGGCGCUGGAAAUGGGCGCUCAGAUUGUUUACACUGAGGAGCUUGUCGAUUUGAAGUUAAUCAAAAGCAUACGUCGACCAAAUCCGGCCUUGGGUACUGUGGAUUUUGUGGAUCCUUCGGAUGGAACGAUUAUAUUUCGCACUUGUGCCUUGGAAACAUCUCAAUUGGUACUGCAGUUGGGCACCAGCGAUGCCGCGCGUGCCUUAGCUGUGGGCAAGCUGGUGCAGCACGACAUUGCGGGCCUGGACAUUAAUAUGGGCUGCCCCAAAGAGUUUUCAAUUAAAGGCGGAAUGGGCGCAGCGUUGCUCUCGCAGCCAGACAAAGCGGCACACAUACUGAGCACGCUGUGCUCGGAGUUGGAUAUACCUGUUACCUGCAAAAUACGCAUACUGCCCGAUACACUGGAUACCAUUAAUUUAGUGAAAAAGUUGGCAGCUACGGGCAUUGCUGCGAUUGGCAUACAUGCGCGCACGCGUGACGAGCGUCCAACGCAUCGUCCACAUCCAGAUGUAUUGCGUGCUGUGGCCAGCGCUGUAGAUAUACCCAUUGUAGCCAAUGGCGGCUCACGUUAUAUCCGCUGCUAUGAGGACAUACACAAGUUUCAGCAGGACUGUGGCGCGCAUAGCGUUAUGGUGGCACGAGCUGCGCAGCUAAAUGUUUCCAUAUUUCGCAAGGAGGGAUUGCUGCUCGUAGACGAAGUGAUUGAGAAGUAUUUGCGACUGUGUGUGGACUAUGAUAAUGCACCACAUAACACCAAGUACUGCGUGCAGAGCAUACUGAGUGGACUGCAAGAGACGCCGCGUGGCAAACGCUUUUUGCAGUGCCAGACGCUGCAGCAAAUCUGUGAAAUCUGGAAUUUGGGUGAUUAUUGCCGCCGUCGCAAUCAAGAACUUAAGGAGCUGGGCAAUUGUGGCAGAGCUCUGGUCACCCCUGCCGAUACAGAUGAUAAUCUCGAGAUUAAGCGACGCAAGCUGGACCUGAAUGAAAACAUGGGCGCGGAAGAGGGCGUUAUAACACGUCAUAUGGCAUUCCUACGUUCCACCUAUGCUAAAGAUAAACAGCUGCCCAAGUCUGUGCUUUACGUGCAUGCAGGGCGCAUGAGCAAAGAACCGCCCGCUUAUGAGACACAGCAGUGCGAUAAGCUCUUCCGCUCUAUUUGCAGCUAUGAUGGACAAAGCUACACCAGCAGCUUCUGGGAAAAGAACAAAAAGCAGGCCGAGCAAGGUGCAGCGAUGGUGGCCUUGCUACAUCUGGGACAACUCGAUGAGGCAGAGCUGCGUGAUAAUGGAAGCCUCAUUAGCUGACAGCUGCUCAGCAAUGUUUUGUUUCUUUUUAGCAAAUAUAUUUAAUACAACAUGACGGCGCAUGCCAACAAGUUAUUUCUUU